AAAAAACCCGAUUCUUGCGAUGAACAAUCCGCCGUCAUACGCCCAGCCGCCAGCCUAUGCGUACACGUCGUCGGGAAGUAUCCAAGUGCAGACCACCGUCAUGUCCUCCUCGACUACAUUUGCCAUCUCACGCACAAGUUCCGCGACAUCGAUUUCCUCAUUGAAACCUCCGUCCGAUGUCAAGCUCUUCGAGAGCGCAAAGGAUCGACGAAUGUACGAAGACAUGUCUGAUCUAUAUGCGAUCAUCAAGACAACCGAACACCUUGAGACUGCAUACGUCCGUGAUGCGAUCUCCCCCGACGAGUACACGGAAGCAUGUACCAAGUUGAUUUCUCAGUACAAGACGGCGGAAACGGCACUGCGAAACGCGGGGCACCUCGUGUCGAUCGACGCGUUCCUCUCGCAUUAUCGGUUGGACUGUCCGCGUGCCGUGGAGAGACUCGUGCGUCUCGGCGUGCCCGCGACCGUCGUGCACAACACGACCAGUACGAGUGUCGACGCGGUGAACGUCGCGCAGACGGUAAGUCGAAGCUUCCUCUGCUCGUCAUGCAAACGUCCUUCUAGGUGCAACACUUCAUCACCCUCAGCGACGCCCUCAAGAUGAACAUCCGUGCUGUGGACGAGGUGCAGCCGCUCCUAAGCGAGUCCAUGGGCUCCCUCACGAAGGUCAAGGGUCUCCCGCCGACGUUUGACGGUCUCAUGAAGCUGGAGCAAUGGUUGCGUGUCCUCAAUGCGAUGCGGGCGUCCGACGAACUCGACGAAGACCAGACUCGCCAAUUGAGUUUUGACCUCGAGCAGGCAUAUACAGGGUUUAUGAGUUUUUUAAACAAGAGCGGCUAAAACUGCGGGUUUUGACCACGUUUUAUG